AUGCUUUCGGUACACUCCAACGAGAUGCUACAACUAAUUGAUGAUCCUACGGCUGCUUCUCCCGAGCAACCUAAGCAGCUCAGUGCCGAUCUUGUCAAGGCUGCUAAUCAGGAGUUAAAACAAGCCCACGAGCUAUUUGGACAAGCAGCAGAUAAUUGCCUGAAUAUGAAGAAACCCGAAUGA